AUGGGAAGUAGGAAAUUUCAUAUUUUUGUUAAUGUCUUCUAAAUUAUAGCUACGUGAGAUAAAAGUUUGUUCUAUAACUUAGUGAGUAGUUAUGUUUAUAUUAGGGAUUUUUUUGUUUAUAUCGUUUAUUUUUAAAAAAUUUAAAUUGAUACAUUUUUAUGCAUGUAAAUGUUAAAAUAUCAGCAAAAAAAAAUCACUUUAAUGAAGUCUUGGUAAUUAAGGUUUCUCCGUAUGAAUAUGUUUCAUAUAAAAUGUUUUCUUUUUCGUAUAUUAUAUCCUUUUGAUAUACUUAUGGGAAUCCAACAGCUAGAUUUAUGUGUCCAUCUAAUUUUUUUAAUCCCCACGGUCCACAUCCUAAGUGUGAUGGGCCAACACCCUUCUGUAUUUUGUUGUUUUCUCUUAUUUUCUACCCCCUCUAAGUGCUAGGUUUCUAAUUCACGUGUGUGAAUAUCUAAAAAAGGAAUAGAUAUAUACAUACGAUUUUCCUCAUUUCGCGAUCCAUAUUUGGACGUACCCCGCAGGUCCACCCGUAGGGCCACUGAAACUACAGACCAGUCAAAAUGGAACAAAAAGCGUUUUCGCUAUCCUUCCCGGUGGUAAUCUGUGCGACCUGGCAACCGCACAGUCCUGCCGAGGUCUCCCUAAUACAUAAGGUGCCCAUGAACGUUUCACGUGGGGAUCCGUCUCUGUCAAUAUCCAUAUCGAUCAACACACACACGUGGAUGUGAAUUCAUCCUUACCCAUACAUAUAAUAAGUCCCGUUCUGCACAUCCCCGUGAUGCCACUAUCUAUGUCCGGACAACAUUUACGACAGGUUGACGCCCAAAUAUUGAUGUAUAUAUAUUUAAAAUAUACAUUUUCUGUAAAUCUUAGUUUAUAAGCCUAUAUCUAUAUAUAUAUAUAUAUAUACAUAACAAUGUUAUAAGUAACGUACCUAUUAUCCAUUCUUUCUUAACAGUUUUUAUGCCCCGGGCUUUUUUUGUUAUAUGAACCUAAAUUUUACUUUUGAUUGGUAAAUUAAAUAAAUAAUUAUAUACAUUCUCCUAAGAAAACCACGUGUUUACUUAUUAAAAUUCUCUUUUUUUUCCUCUCCUUCUCACAAAAUCCGAGGACUCCGGUCUUCGGACCUAGGUCCUAGAUUGUGACCUUCCCACUAGGCGGGUAGUCAGCUGGGCACACAGGUCGCUCCUCAAACAGGACCGACCGAACCGAAACGUCUCAAACUAUACAUUUUUUUUUCACAGAAAAGACGAAGGAUUAUAUCAUAAGUUUAUUUCAGGCGAAGCCUGAAGGUAUGUAAUAGAAAAUUAAAGUUUAAUAAAUUUAUAAACUAAAAAUAAAAAACUGCUACUUUUGAAGUACUUUAAUUUCUAUACAGGCAGUUCUACGAAGAUAUACCUCUUAAAUAUCUCCGGAUAUAACAAUUUUCUUUGUUUUUUAAUAUUAAUCACAAGGAAGAAGACUAUAAAUAAUUAUAUUUUAAUUAAUAUUUUUUUAUUAUUAAAAAUAAAAAAUUACUUUAUUUUAUUAUUUUCGGAUAAUUUCGAAAUAAUCAUUCUGCAAAGAUUUUUUUUUCAAAAUUUAUAAUGUAUCACACAUUUAUAUCCGAAUAAUAUUUUCUAAGUAACACCCGUUUUAAAUUCUAUUAAUCUGUGUAAAAACUCAUGUUAUCGCGUAACACGUAAGGUAGGUAAGGUUAUCACCUAGAUAACAAAAUAUUAAAUUUAAAAAUAAAAAAAAUUAAAAUAUGAAUAUUUGUAGUCCUCUUCCCUGAGGAUAAUAAAAAAAAAAAAUGAUCAGAAUUUGAUUAUCUUUAUUAUCUCCAGAAAUAAUCAAGUGGUAUAUCUUCAUGGGACAACUUUUAUGAAAGCAACAACCAACCACUGUUAAAGUAAUAAGAUUCUGAGUGAAUUAAGGUUAUAUAGAUGUUUUAUCAUUUGUAAUAUUUUCAUUGUUCAAUAUUUUUAUUUUUGUUCACUAUUGCAGUACAAUGUAAAAAAGGUUUCUGCGGUGCAACGUUUUCAGCAGAGAUCAGCGAAAAGAGAAUACCAGCUUGACGACUCUUUUGGUAACAAUGUAACGACUAAACAACAAAGAAGAUAAGAAAGAAAAUUACUCCAUUUUAACGAAUAUUUCAUCUGUCCUAACUAGCAUUAUCAUUAGUUAGAGUCAUAAUUAGACUAGAUAGAUUAGAAAGUAACCAAUCUAAAUGUAAUAAUUCAAAUCAGAAAUAAAAAAAUGAACCUAAAGAUCAGAACAUAGAAUAUCAAUGGACUAUUCAAGCAUAAACAUGAACUCAAAGACUUUUUUCAAAUCAAAAAUAUCGACAUUACUCUUUUUUCCGGAAAUACAUUCCACAUCGUGAACUGAUUUAGAAUUUAAGAACUAUAGCCACAAGACGUAUAAAAAACUUCUGGUUGCGUGUACCUCCUAUCCGAAUAGGAGACGGGACUUUGGCACGUAGUGAACAUGAUAAAGUCAAAGUGUAUGUUCUACACCUUGACCAUGUUUUACAACCGAAAAAUAUCGCUUCUGAAUUCGAUAUUGUACAAUGCCAACCAUUUAACGUAGCAAGAGAAAAAAUAUGGUACUUCAUAUCUCUCCGAGUUGCCCAUUAAAUUAAAAAUUAUAUCAACCCAAAAAAGGCACUCGGUUUCGGUGUAAUCAGUACUCGCAUACUAAAAAAACUACCAAAGAAGGCCAUUAAUCUUCUUCUUCAUAUAUGUAAAGAAAAUGUAGUUUCUUUAAAAUAAAACUUUUUCUUUAAUUUUAUUAGGAUUGAUUACCAAUCUUCCUAACUACAGAUAAAUCUGAUUAAAUAGUAAGAAAAGAAUGUAACGGUAAUGGGUAUUUUAAAAUGUAAUAAUUGUUAAAAAUAAAAAACUCAAAGAAAACUGACAAACAAAUAAUUUUACAUUUUUUGUCGUUUUUUUAUUCAUAGGUAAGUCAGGCAUAUUAUAAAAUAGAAAAUACUAUAAUAAUUAAAUAAUAAUGAAUAAAAACUUCAUUUAAAGUGCAACACAAUAUUGUUUGUUUAUUUAUGGUCAAUUUCCGUCAAUUUAAUAUAAGUUUUACAUAUAUAUAUAUACUAUAAACGGAAUGUUUCCUAAAACAAUGAAAAAAUAAUUAUAUUAUUGAAAUCAGGUAAGCCACCAAGCUCUUUCAUACUGACCAAUAUCGAUUUUAACAAAUUAAUCAAAACUCUUUAAAAAGCUUCUUCUCGUUCGAUUAAAACCACUUAUUGAAAAUAAAUACCUUAUACGCUAUCAUAAAUUCAGAUUCCGAAACAAACAUUCAACUAUCGACCAAGUUCAUCAAGUCAAAAACGUGAUUAGCAAGACACUCGAAGAAAAACAGUAUUGCUGCGGAGUAUUUCUAGAUGUGUACUAAGCUUUUGAUAAUGUUUUCCACAAAGGACUACUCAUGAAACUACGAGAACAAUAGCCGCACACCUCGUACGCAUUUUUCAAUUUUUACUUGACUAAGCGAUAGUUUUGAGUCAUGCAUGAUGAAACGAUAACAAAUUGGAGGAAUAUAUCGACUGGAGUACCACGAAGUAUUGUCCUUGGACCUAUACUUUAUCUGCUCUACACAGUCGAUAUUUCUACCAACAACAAUUCAAUGACCACUAUGUUCGCUGGUAAUACGGAAAUGUUAACAACCAGUAAGGAUCAAAAGACUGUGGCUAAAAACUUAUAAACCUCAAUCGACAACAAUUUAAAUUGGAUAAGACGUUGAGAAAUUCAAAUCAACCCGGCUAGCUCAGUCGGUAGAGUACGAGACUCUUAAUCUCGGGGUUGUAGGUUCGAGUCCCACGUUGGGCGCCACUUUGUAAUAAGGUGAAUGAAGGGGUACAAAGCAACUAAUUGUAUACCCACUAAUUACUUAGAUUACUUAUUACAGCCUACGACGGUAGGAAACAAUUAAUAUAAAAUAUACACUAUGAAGGGUAACAAUAAUAAACUUGCCUAUCCUGAACGAUGUAUCCUCAGCAACAAUGUUAAGUUUGAAUACAGGUAUAAUUAUAUUUAUUUAUUAUGUUGAUGUGAAUAGGUAGUAGGAAUGAUAGAAAAUUUAAUAACUAUAGCAUUUAAAUCCCAAAUACCUAUACAAAAAUAUAACACACAAUUUAAUGGACACAUAUUAAUAUGUACAAUAGUCCACAUGAAUUGAACUGUGAAGCUAACGUUUAUCAAUGCUUUAUAUUUCAGAUUUAGUCAAUCUAACUGCGGAAGCAUUUUGUAAUCGAUAUAGUAUGUAAAUUAGUACAGUAUAACUCAUAGGCUUAAAAAAAACUAUAUUUUCAAGCUUUUAUGGCACUUAAACAAUCAAUUAAUUGAUUAUUGUUUAUACGUUAAGUAAUUAUUAAUUUAUUGUAUCUUCAUAUUUUAAAUAUAUUCCAUGUAAAGUACAUUUAAAAUAUCGUCAGUUAACUUUAGAUGAAAAAAAAAACCAAAAAUACUUCACACAUUGGGUGGGACACUGUUGUAGUCGAUAACUUAGUAAGGUAGGAUAUAGAAGGAACUUUAAUAUAUAUAUAUAUAUGUAUGAUAUAUCUGUACGCUACGAUUAACCAUUACUAACGAAAACGAUUCUAAGUGGAGUUCAGUUAAACAUGUUUCAAAAGGCCGUAAGGUAUACGAUUUUAAUCAAUAUUUAAUAUUAAAAUUAAUAUAAAAAAAAAUACUGCAUUAAACUCGACUUUUUCUUAUUGAUUAUUACGUAGAAUAUAAUUAAUCUGCUAUUAAAUAAACAAGGAUUUCUGUUUGAUCUAACUCUUAUCCACUGAGAACCUAACGAAUAAAAAUACGUAGAAAACUCGCAAAACUAAAAUGUCUAUAAAUAGUGCAAUGGGCGUGAAUGUUUUGAACAUUUUACCACUUUUAGAAAAGGCAAAUAUAAGUUUUCUGUCCAAAUGUAAAGACUCUACAAACAUUUGAAAAUUAAUUACAUCAAGCAAAAAAAUUUAAUUUAAUAAAAGCAUUAUUUUCGUAAAUUUUUUUUUUUUUUCUAAGUUUUUCCCAAUUAUUGUUAAAACUUCUAGAAAAUUUAAAAAUGGUCUUGAAGUACCACUUGACCAGUACCAAUACUUAAUAAUCAUGGAUCAGAAAAAAUAAAGCAUGGCAGUGGAGUUUUUAAAAACAAGGACGAUUCAUUUUGAUCAUUUUAUAGAAGAGGUGAAAAAACAAAAGGCAAGACUCGUAAGUUAACCAAUAAUUGGUUUUUAAGCAAGCUCCAGGAGAAGAACAAGUUUUAUGGACAUGGAUGUUUUAUUCUCCAUAUAAGGAAGCUUGUAUUUUUUUUUGUCGCAAACUUUUCACAACGUAUGAAAACAAACCAGAAACAUCUAAUUUGGUAAUAGGUUUUCAGAAAAGGUAGAAAUUAAAUCCAAAGGUGUCACUACACGAAGGGUCUAAGAAACAUUAAGCUAUUUUUGAAAAAUGGAAGAUAAUUGAAUCACAACUAAAACAAAAUAAAACAAUUGACGCUGCUGAUCGAGAACAUAAGAAAAAAAGAAAAAGAAGUGGAAUGAUAUUUUGCAUCGUUUACUGGAUAUUACACUUUUCUGAGCUAAAUAAAACUUGGCAUUUUGCGAACAUAGUGAAAAUAUAAAUCACUGAAUAUAGGGGGCAUUUCCUUAAGUAAACGCUUUAACUUAUUUAUCUCCGUCAAUUCAAAAUUAACAGUAAAAUCUUAUUUGUACCUUGUGUAAAUUAUUCUCUUAACUUGUGUUGUGUUCACUAUUUUGCAAUAAAUCCUAGCAGUGCGACUUUUUUUGGAACUCUCGAAUGUAUCUAUAAUUUUUUUUUCAGUAUCACUCCAAAGGCAGAAUAUUCUACAGCAAGUUAUAGGAGUUGCUGUCAAUAAGUUGUCCAACACAAGAUGUAGUGCGCAACACAAUGUUGUGAAACCAAUAGUAAACAAAUAUGAAAAGUUAGUGCAAGCUACAGAGAGAUGGUAUAAUCUUGCAGAAAACCUUGACACAGGAAGAUCAGCUGAAAUUCUACUGAUAAACACUAUGAUUGUUUAUACUGCAUACACUGAUUAUCUACUAUUAUUACAAAUGAUCCGAAUACCCGAGUAGCUGAGCCCCGUAUGGAAGCUCUUCACUCAGCACUUGAUAAUAUAUAGUAAUAUACAAUUUGCCUAAAACCAACCCAUGUGGAACCCUUCCUAAAAUAGGUACUUUAAUUACUCUUUUUGACAAAAAAAGUGAGUCAACUUUACCUGCUGUAUUAAAAAACACCACGCGAACAUAACGCAUAGGUAUUCUGGCACUCCCCAUAGCGCUGUAAGAAUAUUGUCCGUUGAUCUGCCUUUUGGUUAGACACAAGUCCCCAUUUCUCUUCAAUAACAGCUUCUACCCUAACUACAAGCAAAUACUCCAGCACCUUAACCAAGUCAUUGAGGAGGCAUAGUGACGAUACGAUGAUGUUGCGCCCUCCCGUCUGCCGAACAAAACUAUCUUUGCAGUUUUCCAUCAGUCGGGAAAGAUUCCCUUUCGGAGACAGCUAUUAAACACGCUGCUUAUUAAGGUCGACGCAACCCUAUGCUCUAUCCAUAUAAUUUUCCAUCUAGGCCUACCACUUUGUUCCUUCCUUUUAUACACUCCAUAGCUCAUCGUAAUUUUUCACUGCUGUACUGGCAUUGGUCAGCCAAUUCGCAUCGUGUAUAACCGUAUUAGCCGUAGGCUGCGUUAGAAAGAAGGUGUAAGUGACAUUCCUCAGCAUAUUAGGCUCCAUACAAUGCGAUGACGGUGGGUGUCGCAACUUCAGGUGAAGAAUUUUCGGAGAUUCCAGAAUAUUUUGUGUUCUACUUUUUUAACUGAUGAUGCAUUUUUAAUUCAAAAUCGGUUGCACAAUACAUUUAUCGUAAUACUCUAAGCGACGCAUUUAUUUUUUCAUAUAUAUAAUUAACAUGACUUUUAGAACGCUGAUGUAUCGUAACUUUAAUCAUUAAAAUUUAAAAUACUUAAUUCUAUGAAUAACAAAAUAUAUACAACAUAUAUAAUAUUUUAGCUUAUAUUAUCUAUAUGAUAUAAAUGUAUAUUACAGUGUCAGGAUUAUUUACGCCGUCUGAUUGUGAAGGAGAAGAAAGCGAUGAAUAA